GAAACCCUUUCACUCAUCAGCGGUGAAAAUAUGGCCGGACAAUACAUAAAUGCAUAAAUAAAUUAAGAAAUAAAUAAAAGAAUUUCUGGAAAGCUUCUUUUGAUUGGAUACAAAAUUUUCCCAGCUUCUUCAACCCAUGGCUUGGCUGAUCAACAGUAGAGGACUUGCAAGCAAAGUGAAGAAUGCUGCUCGGUCGACCGCUUGUCCGAUCAAAGAGUGCGGGGCAAAUCGUGAAUGCCCGAAUUGCCAUUUUGUUAUAGAUAACAGCGAUGUUUUAUCGGAAUGGCCUGGCUUACCGGUUGGUGUGAAGUUUGAUCCAUCUGAUGGUGAACUCUUAGUACACUUAGCGGCUAAGUGUGGUGUCGGAAACUCACAGCCACACUUGCUUAUCGAUGAGUUCAUCCCUACACUUGAGGGGGAUAAUGGAAUUUGCUAUGAUCAUCCCAAAAACCUUCCUGGCGCAACGAAAGAUGGAAGCAGCAUCCAUUUCUUCCAUAAAACAAUGAAAGCAUAUGCUACUGGUCAGAGGAAGCGCCGCAAGGUUGAUAGUCAGCGUAGCGUGGCUUCAGAGGAUGUCCGCUGGCACAAAACGGGUAAGACCAAGGCUAUAAUGGAAAAUGGAGUUAAGGGCUGGAAGAAGAUCAUGGUCCUAUACAGAAGUUCGAAGAAAGGUAUCAAACCAGAAAAAGUUAACUGGGUGAUGCAUCAGUAUCACCUGGGAGCUGAAGAGGAUGAGAGAGAAGGUGAAUAUGUGGUGUCAAAGAUAUUCUACCAGCAGCAUAAGCAGUCAGAAAGGAAUGACAACAAUGUGGUCACUGAAGAUAAUGAUGUCAAUGCACUUCGAACUAGCCCCAGGACCCCCGUACCCAAUCCUCCAAUUCCACCUAGACCAGGGAAAUCUGUAUGCUUUGAGGAUGUUCCUGAUGAAGCUAUGCUCCGCUCAUCUGUCAAGGAACCGGAGCUUGCCCAGGAAGCAUAUCGUGUCCCUCAACCUGAUACUCGGUUUGAAGACAAUAUUGGGCAGCCUACCUGGCUCGCAGGCGAAUCUCAGGCCGACGAUUUGCAUAGCUUGGAUGAAACCUUGUUAUGCAAGGAGAUCUUUGGUUCAGCAACGAACCUCAUAUCUAACACUGACUUCAAUAACAAUACAUACGAGGUGAAUGGAAACAGCAGCACAUCGUGUGGACGUCAUGACCUUGAGAAUAUUGGACUUGAUUCUCCUCCAGAUUUCCAGCUGCCUGAUUUUCAGUUUUCAUCCCAAGACAGUUUUAAUUGGCUAGACAGGUUAAGCUGACGAUGAAAGAGCUUCCGGGAAUGACAUUGAAUUCCCAAAUUUGUGCAAUCGUAGAAUCCAUUCGAAUGGCCUCUUUUUCUGCAUGCUCUUCAAGGGCAACGAGGCAACUUCAGUGCUUUAGGAUACGCAUGGAGUUUCCCCUUGCCCUUUGCAACUUCUCCGAGCAUAUGAAGUGCGUAGGCAUGUAGCCACGGAGAUACAGAUUCCUAUCAGUCAGCUGUCGACUACUUAGAUUAGUAUUCAGAACUCAGAAUGUUCAACCAAAAAUUAGCAAGGAUGAUUUUAUGUUCCGCCCUUGGCCUUGGCUUCUCCUAUGUGCCAAGUACGGGUGAUCGUUGUAUUUUUAGUAUUGGCGUUGUGUGCUUGUGAACAAGUGAGACUGUUUUUGCAACCAGUGUAUGGCAGAUCAAAGCAUCUCGUGGGAUGCUCAUACAUUGUUGGCAAUAGCAGUUAUGUGCCAUUCUACAUUUGUUGUUGCAUUGUGUAAUUUGGAACUUAUUGCUUCUUGACAAAUGCUUGCUGUAUAAUCAAUGGUUUGUUUUAUUA